CCCCCUGCUGCUGACAUGAGCGGCACUGCACUCACGAGUCGCAGGGAGUUUAUGUUUGUAGCUGGCGCUAUAGCAUUGUUUACGAGUAUAUUGCAAACAUGUUGGUUUUGUUCAGUCACUGGCACAAUUGAAAAACGUAGAAUACAGUCGCAUAAUAUCUCAUAACGAGAAGAUAAUCGAGUAUUGGCUCGAAAUUCGAUUCAGAAAACACUGGUUUUGUUGACGACUACCGUUAGCAAGCUUUAGCUGUCGCUAAAGUAACUAGCUAUGUGAUAAUCGGCUGUACUAAACACUGGACACACAGACUGUCCUGGACACCCCGAAGUAUGUAGAGUGAACAGGACACAUGUCAUUCUCACCCUAGCAAAAGGCUUCUGAGAUUGUGUUUGACUCAUUCCUUGAGUGAGAAUUAAGCAUAUGAUUGAACAUCAAGUAAUAGAGACACUAGAACGGUGAGCAAGAUGUCGAUCACAAACACCCCCACAAGCACCGACGCUUGCUUGAGUAUCGUGCACAGCCUGAUGUGCCACAGACAGGGUGGAGAGAGCGAGACAUUCGCCAAGCGAGCCAUCGAGAGCCUCGUCAAGAAACUGAAGGAGAAGAAAGAUGAGCUAGAUUCUCUCAUCACAGCCAUCACCACCAACGGAGCUCACCCCAGCAAGUGUGUCACCAUACAGCGCACCUUGGAUGGACGGUUGCAGGUAGCAGGGCGUAAAGGCUUCCCCCAUGUGAUCUAUGCCACAUUGUGGCGGUGGCCUGACCUGCACAAGAAUGAACUGAAGCAUGUGAAAUACUGCCAGUUUGCCUUUGACCUCAAAGCUGACAAUGUGUGUGUUAACCCAUACCACUAUGAGAGGGUGGUAUCACCAGGGAUUGACCUUUCAGGACUGACUCUUUCAAGCUCAGGCACACUCAUGGUCAAAGAUGAGUAUGAAUUUGAGAACCAGCCAUCUCACUCUGGUGCGGAUGGCCACCACCAGACCAUCCAGCACCAGCCCUCCGGACCAGGGGGUCCCCAGGAGUUGUUCAGCAGCUCGGCUCUGCUCCCUCCCCCUGAGGGCAGCAGCUCAGCCUCUACCUCUGCCUUCUCCAGCCUCGCUGCUGGAGCCUCAACCCAGUCCACUAGCCUUCUGUCAGGGAGCCAUAGCACUGAAGGGCUGCGGCAGUUCUCCUCAAGGCCAGGCCCAGGGCCUUCACAGGGGCAGAGCGGCUUCUCCCUGGCACAGAGCGCCACAUACCAUCACAAUGCCGCCUCAGGCUGGCCGAGAAAUGGGAACUUCACCCCCUCAGUGCCUCACCACCAGAAUGGGCACCUGCAGCACCACCAACCCAUGCCCCACACCCCACACUACUGGAUGGUCAACAAUGAGAUUGCAUUCCAGCCACCCAUCUCAAAUCAUCCGGCCCCUGACUACUGGUGCUCCAUUGCCUACUUUGAGAUGGAUGUUCAGGUGGGGGAGACGUUCAAGGUUCCGGCCAGCUGCCCCACGGUGACAGUGGAUGGGUACGUGGAUCCCUCAGGAGGGGACCGCUUCUGCCUGGGCCAGCUCUGCAACGUCCACAGGACAGAGGCCAUCGAGAGAGCUAGACUUCACAUUGGUAAAGGGGUGCAGCUGGAGUGUAAAGGGGAAGGUGACGUGUGGGUGCGUUGCCUUAGCGAUCAUGCAGUGUUUGUGCAGAGUUAUUACUUGGACAGGGAGGCAGGACGGGCCCCUGGAGACGCAGUGCACAAGAUCUACCCCAGCGCCUAUAUCAAGGUGUUUGACCUGCGUCAGUGCCACAGGCAGAUGCAGCAGCAGGCAGCCACAGCCCAGGCGGCAGCCGCAGCACAGGCGGCAGCAGUGGCUGGAAACAUCCCCGGGCCUGGCUCUGUGGGAGGCAUCGCGCCCGCCAUUAGUAUGUCUGCGGCUGCGGGUAUAGGAGUGGAUGACCUGCGCAGGCUGUGUAUCCUGAGAAUGAGCUUUGUGAAGGGCUGGGGGCCUGACUACCCCCGGCAGAGCAUCAAGGAGACACCGUGCUGGAUUGAGAUCCAUCUCCACCGGGCCCUGCAGCUACUGGAUGAGGUGCUGCACACCAUGCCCAUCGCUGACCCUCAGCCCUUGGACUGAGUUAUAGAACUGCAACACAUUCACGAACUGUCCAUAGCCAGCCAACCCUUGAACUGACUGAUGGACUGCCCAUGCCCCGUAGGCUAGUCCAUCUUAACUAUUUAUCAUCCCGCUGUCUGCUGUGCUGAAUGGGAUGAGAGAGCAGAAGAAUAUAUAUGAUUUAUAUUUUAUACCCGCUGGCAUCACAGCCAGCCAGAGUUCCCGCUCUGAAGAUACCAGCUCAUGAAUCCGUUUUCUACUCGCCUCAGAAUCAGGAUACACAGUCAUGACUCAUGGAUGCUUUUCAUUCUCUUUUUUCUAUUCAUAAAUAUCUAUUUUCAUAUCUUCCUAUUCAUGUCAGUUUAUAUACUGUAUUUUUGAGUUGUCAAUGCUAUGUUUUUUAAAUGACAUUAGCUUAAAUUAGCACUUUAUUGGUUUGCUUUUCAUGUGCUUGUUUUCAGUAUGUUGUGUCUUGUUGAUUGUUUAGAAAAUGUAUUUUGAUAUGCAGUGUGAGGGUGGUUUCCACAUUUAUAUUUGAAAGUAGGUAUGUGUGUCUUAGAAUAUUCAGCUUUUGUAGCAAUGAGUGUGAUCCAGGCCAGAGCUUUUGGAAGAUGGUGUUCACAUCACUGACUUAAAUUAAUAUUUCAGAUGCCUCAAUGUCUAGACAGAUGCCGGUUGUCCAUUUCAGUUUCGGUCCAUUUUUAUCUCCACCACUAUAAGUUCUGUAACCAUGACUUGGAAGAAUUGACUUAAGGGCUGUGAUACCAAUAUCACAAUAUUUUUCCCAUGGUAAAAAUGAAAACAUGAAGCAAACAACUCUUUGAUCCUUUUAAAAACCUGCUGUAUGGAAAAUAUUUUGCUAUAACUUGGGAGAGAAAAAAUAAAUCGAACUCUGGAUGACAACACGUGUGUUUUCCUAGGGCUGUUUUCCUAAAGAAGUUAAAUGUGCUGUUUUGUUUCCAUGACACCAACGAGUAUUGCGUUCCUGCUAUCGUCCCGCCCUGGACUUGUGAUAACAUUCCUUAGAGAUAUUGGAGGAAAGUCUGAAGCCAUAUUGAUACCAAAUGGACCCAUAUGAAACGUGUAAAUGGGUCAUAGCAGUCAUGUGAAACUUGUAAAUGUUUUUAAGACCAGAUUCUGCAUUUGAGAAUAUUAGCAAUCAUGACUCAUGGAUGCUUUUCAUUCACUAACACGCCCACUGUUUUUAUCCGUUCAUCUUCUCGGUGUGUCCAUUCUCUGACAACUUAAUUGAGAUACAACAGCAAUGACAAUUAUUUUCAACAAGAAAAAGUUUAUUAAUUUAAAAGACAAGCCACAAAUUUUAAGAAAACAACACUAAGCUAGCCUGAGCUCAAGUCUGAAAUAUUCAGAAAACCAAACUACGUGUCUUUAAUAGUUCCUAUAUUUUCAUCAUUACGACAAACUAAAUGUUAAUAUAUAUGCCUUUAUAAAUAUAAAAGUUUCCCAGUUUUCCUCAUCUUUUAUGUAAAAUACACAAUACAAAUCACCCUACACUUAUUGGUUAGCUCUUGCCAAUUUAAGAAGAUAUAAUAUACUAGCUAAGAGGUAACUUGAAACAACACACAAAAAGAAAGUCACUUGAGAUGUACAGUAUGUAUACACAGGUAACUGCCAAAAUAAAGGAAACAUUAACAUAGUGUCUUAAUAGGGCAUUGGGCCAGAACAGCUUCAAUACACCUUGGCAUACAGUGCCUUCAGAAAGUAUUCACACCCCUUGGCUUUCUCUACAAUGUUGUUACAAAGUGGGAUUAGAAUGGAUUUGUCAUGUUUUGUUAAUCUACACAAAAUAGUCUGUCAAAGCGUAAGAAAAAAUCAAACAUUUGUAAAAAUAAAAAAUGUUUACAAAAAUAAAACAUAUCUUGAGAAGUUUUCAACCACCUGAGUCAACACAGAAAACCUUUGGCAGCGAUUACAGAUGAGUCUUUCUGGGUAAGUCUCUUAAGAGCUUUGCACACCUGGAUUGUGCAACAUUUGCCCAUUAUGCUUUAAAAAAAGUCUUCAAGCUCUGUCAAAUUGGUUGUUGAUCAUUGCUUGUCAACCAUUUUCAGAUCUUGCCAUAGAUGUAAGUCAACACUGUAACUCAGCCAUUCAGGAACAUUCACUGUCUUCUUGGUAAGCAACUCCAGUGAAGAUUUGGCCUGUGUUUAGGUUUAUUGUCUUACUGAAAUGUGAAUUUAUCUCCCAGUGUCUGGGGGAAAGCAGACUGAACCAGGUUUUCCUCUAAUCAAAUCAUAUAUCAAGCUUUAUUUAUACACAGCACAUUUCAGACAUGGAAUGUAACACAAUGUGCUUUACAGGAAAAAAACUAAUGAAAAUAAAAGCUGAAAUAUUUACUACACAACAAACAUAUGAUAGGACUUUGCCUAUGCUUAGCUCCAUUCCGUUCCUAUUUAUCCUGAAAAACUCCCCAGUCCUUAACGAUUACAAGCAUACCCAUAACAUGAUGCAGCCACCACUAUGCUUGAAAAUUAGAUGAGUGGUACUCAGUAAUGUGUUGUAUUUGCCCCAAACAUAACAUUGUAUUCAGGACAAAAAGUUCAUCGCUUUGCCACAUUUUUUGCAGCAUUAUUUUUUAAUCUGUACAGGCUUCCUUCUUUUCACUGUCAAUUAGGUUAGUAUUGUGGAGUAACUACAAUGUUGUUGAUCCAUCAAUCUAACUGUUUUAAAGUCACCAUUGGCCUGAUGGUGAGUUAAUUACUUCAAAAGGUGCCCAUCUUUGUGAGGAAUUGGAAAACCUCCCUAGAAAAUCUCAAUUUAAUCCAUUUUAAACUCAGGCUGUAACACAAAAACAUUUCAAAAAGAAUCAGGGGUGUGAAUACUUUCUGAAAACACUGUAGAUUCUACAAGUGUCUGGAACUCUAUCGGAGUGAUGCAACACUAUCCUUCCAUGAGAAAUUCCAUCAUUUGGUGUUCUGUCUCAGGCACGGCUCCAGAAUCUCCCACAAGUGUUCAUUUGAGUUGAGAUCUGGUGACAGACAGCCAUGGCAUAGGGUUUACAUUGUUUCAUGCUCAUCAAAACCAUUCAGGUGACCACUCAUGCCCUGUGGAUAGGGGCACAGCCAUGCUAGCCAAAACAAGGGCCUGCCCAGCAUUUUUAUACAUGACCCUAAGCAUGGUGGGAUGUUCAUUGCUUAAUUUGAAUUAAUUCAGGAACCACACCUUUGUAGAACCACCUACUUAUUUAACAUACUUUGUAUCCCUCAUUUACUGAAGUGUUAACAUUAUCGUGGCAGCUACCUGUAUAUGAAUACAAUACAUUAUCCAAAACGAGGAAAAAGAGAAAUCAAUGUUUUUUUGGCUGAAAUAAAACAUCCAAAAAGAACAAAACAAAUAUUUAAGGAGACAGUAAAUAAAUAUCAUUUCUUCCCAUUUUGUCUAUAUUUACAUCUUGGUUACAUCUGGGGAGUUUUCAACUAAAAGGUUUCCCCAUAAAUCCACUGCCAAAUGCGUGUGCUUGCAUUAGAGCGUGCUACAGCGGGCCACAACUCACUAGACUGUCAAAUGGCACUUAAAACAGAACAGGAAAAUAUUCCAAAUCAUACUGAAUAAAGCAAACAUACAGCAAUCAGUGAAUAUCAUACAACGAAAGGAAAUGAUCGUGACAACAAUGAAAGUCAUAGUACAGUGUUGCUAUUGGCAAAUAUCCCAGUCCAGUUAUACUCCAAUCUUUGUUAGUUUAGUGAUACAGUAAAUCUAUACAAUAGUAGUUCUCUCCUAAUGCGCAGUCCAACAGAAAAUAUCUGGAGCAAGCUCCAUCCAUUGUAAACUGUCCUGUGUGGUCAUUGGUCAGUAAUAGUUGACCAGUACUCAUAGUUUGGAUGAGAUCAGGAUCAAGGGUAGAAGUGUACGAUCCCUCAGGCCCAUAUCCUCCUCUCACUGUGAGCAGCCAUUUUCACCUCACUACCAUAAAACGCCUGUCUAAAGAGCCUGUAUCUGGAACCAUGGAGUCAGACCAGAGACGUAGGCCCCCCUGCCCUGGGCAAAAUCAAAGGCACUGGGUCUCGUGGAUCAGUGAAGCUGCCGUAUUCUCACCCCUCCCAACUGACAUAGUUUGAGAGUAGCUGAUAUGUUUUGCAGGAUGUCAAGAUAUUUUCCUUUUCAGUUUCUUGUUGUAGUUGCUGGAUCUAACCUUUAACGUUGGAAAUGGGCUCAAUUAUCAAGGAACCAAAAAGGAAGGCCCUAAUAUUUUCAAUCUUAAACAAAUAUAAAUGUAUGACUUUUUGUGAAUGGUCAACUAUGAAUAAAACACAAUUGAUGUUAAAACAGGCAGGUUUGAUGAGGUUACAGAGUGAAUACAGCAUUUACUGUCUGGCACAUAUU